ACCCAUCGCGUUUCCCCCCCCGCGGAGAAGCAGCACCGAAAUGCGACCGCGAUGCUCCCCCUCCUCCUCCCCCUCCCCGUGACCCCUCCUCCUCCUCUCCCCUCCCCAACCCUAACCCUAGCCCCCGCCUCCGCUCCUCGCCGACGCCUCGUCCUCCUCGCCGCCGCGGCGCCGCACCACCACCAUCACCACCGCCGCCGCCGCGUCUACCGUCGCCAGCGCGCGGCGCCGACGCAGACGCGGGCGCCGAGGAGGACGUUGUCGGCGUCCAAUGCGGCCCGCGGGGAGGAGGACCUCGAGGAGGCGAUCUACGAGUUCAUGCGGCGGUCCGACAAGCCGGGGGCGUUCCCCACCCGCGCCGAGCUCGUCGCCGCGGGGAGGGCCGACCUCGCCGCCGCCGUGGACGCCUGCGGCGGCUGGCUCUCGCUCGGGUGGUCCUCCGGUGGCGCGGAGGCAGGCAGGGCCUCCUCGUCGGUCGGCGUGCACCCUGACUACCCUCCCGAGGCGGGGGCGGCGGCGGCGGCGGGGGGCGCCUCCGACCUAGCGCAGGGAGCCGUGUGGGCGUCGUCCAGGGAGGCGGAAGCUUCGCCGUCCGGGCGCCAGCCGGAGACGGAGGAGGAGGAGACGGAGACGAAAUUUGGGACUGGGUUGGACGGGAUGCUUACCAGGCUGCAGAGGGAAAGGGAGAGGGUCCGGCCGCCGCUCCCACGGAGCAGCGAUGGAGCGGGAGGGGAACGCGACAAUGUUGCUUUAAUGGGUCAGAGUGGAGCACCCAGUCACUCUGCAACUGGUGGCAGGUACACUCCAAAGGUACCUGAUAAUGGAAAUAUACAUAGUUAUCAUCCUCAAAAUGGAGCACUAGAACAUAACAAAAGCUCAAAGAGUUUGACUAAUGAUGCAUGGCGAACAUGGUCCCUUGACAAGGGUGGUUUUUCAGAUUUUCAAGCUGCUGAAAUCCAUUCAACUAACAGCAGGAAAUCAUUUAGACAUGAUGGCCUAGACAUUCUUGCACAAGAUGACGUGCACGGGCCAUCUAAUGGUGUGGCUGUACAUGAUUAUGAUAUUAAUGAUGUAGACUCUGAAAGAGACGAUAUACAUGCACGCCUUCAAAAUUUGGAGUUGGAUCUUACUGCCGCUCUUCAUACAUUAAGAUCAAGAUUCGACAAGGUUAUAUCAGAUAUGUCCGAAGGUGACGGAGCAAAAGCACCAAAUGGGCUCUCCGACGAUUGGGAAUUUGAAGAGACCAAAGUAAUGCAAGCUCAGGAAGAGCUGCGGUCAAUCCGUGCAAAAAUAGCAGUAUUAGAAGGAAAGAUGGCACUGGAGAUAAUUGAGAAGAACAAAAUAAUUGAAGAGAAACAAAGAAGGCUUGAUGAAGCUGAGAAGGCCUUGAGUGAGCUCCGUACUGUUUAUAUUGUGUGGUCUAAUCCUGCUUCAGAGGUUCUAUUGACUGGAUCUUUUGAUGGCUGGACAAGCCAGAGAAGAAUGGAAAGAUCAGAAAGAGGCACCUUUUCCUUAAACCUGAGGUUGUAUCCUGGUAGAUAUGAGAUUAAAUUUAUUGUUGAUGGUGUUUGGAGGAAUGAUCCUCUGCGCCCCCUUGUGAGCAAUAACGGGCAUGAAAACAACCUUCUGACUGUCACUUGACUUGAAGCUCCAUUUGUCAAUCCUGGUAGCAUUUUUGUAGAUUGUUAUCUAGAUCUUUAUCAACAUGAUUAGGCCAAUCCAUCCAGAAUGGAAACAAAAAAAAUGAGUGAGCUGGUUAGCUCUGUUCCACCCUGUAAUUAUCUGCUUCGCCUUAAGUCGUCGUUCUUUUUCUUUGGUAGAGAUUCUUACAAUUUAAACAGUGUAAGGGUGUUGUCAGAAUGCCUCACCCUGUUAGAUAGGAGAAGAGAAUAGUUGUGUAUUCUUUUCUUCCCCGUCUUUUGCCCGGAGAAGUAUAGUUGUGUGAUGGGUAUCCAGGUGUCUGGUUGUACACCUUCAUGGAAUGUGGUUGUACAUCUCUUUUGUGGUGACAAAAACUCCCCCCGCCGGUAACUUUGCACUUGCAGAAGCUUUAGGUUUUAAAGGUGGUCGCCUCA